AUGUGGCCUCUUCCCCCCAUUCAUAAAUCCAGCGCCGGGCGAGGAAGACGGGCGGGGCAGAGCAGAACGCGGCGGCCGGGCUGGCGGAGGCUGCUCAGGGAGAGGCGGCAGCUGGAAAACAAGCGCACCCGCAGGAGCGAGUCUCGGGUCCUGCGUCCGCGGCUGGGAGCUGCGCCGGACCGGGCGCAGCGCUGCGGGGGCCGCGCUGGGGCGGGGGGGCCUCAGACGGGGCGUCCUGCGCUGCGCCGAGCCUGGGGGGCGGGGCCGCUCGGGAGAGCGGGGCUCUGGGCACUGGCGAAGGAGCACCCGGGGCGGCGGCCAAGUGGCCAAGGACACCUGCAGGCUUCCCGGGCCGCGCGGAAAGGGAGCUUCAGCGCAACGCCCCGGCGCCGGGCUCCUGCGAUCUGGCGGCGCCGGGAGCCACGCCAUUUACGCGUCUCCCCAUCUCCGGGCGGGGCGCCGGCCUUCGCAAGCGCGCGGCAGGAGGCGGGCGCGAGGUGGCAUAGGGGACGGGGCGCCUCGGCGCCGGUGGGCUGGGGCCCGGGGGGCUCUAGCUCAGCCUCCGGCAGCUGCCGCCACGCUCCAGUGGCGCCUUUUCCUCCAGGGCCCCGCCUCACCGAGGCGCGCCCUCCGUGGGGCGGGGUGGGCGGGGCGCGGCGCGGCGCGGGGCUGACCCGGCUCGCUGCAGGCCCCGGCGACCCAGGGCAGCCUUCCUCCCGGGAGCCGAGGCCCGCCAAGGCGCGUCACCUCCUCGCCGCCAGUGCCCAGCUCAGCGCACCGCCCCUGCAAGCCUCCGCCGGCAGCCCCUCCCGCCCCUCUCGGCCGUGCUCCCCGCCUCCCCCCGGCCCGCAGCUCCUCCCACUGCAGCCCGCGAUACAGGAGCGCUCCCGACCCCUGACCUCUAACCUCCGCCGGUCUCUUCUUGCUGCGUCCGUCGCCCCCUCCUCGCCAAGCUGGUUGCAUGUUUCACUGCGGCUGACGGAAGACCAAGGAAGAAAGAGGGUAGAGACGCUGUCGCGAGGAUCAGGCUGCUCUUUCCUUUCCCAGGCAUCGUGUUGGGGCCUUCUGAGCACCCCGCCCCGCAUCCUGCGCCUUGGAGACCCAUCGGAGUCCAAGACACCCAUGGUCUUGAUGCUCUCCGCCUCUGUCCCAGCCACCACAGCCUCUGCGAUGGAAUGGGGGACGUGGUGGCCUUGGGCAGAGAAGCGCCUCUUGGGCCGCAUGGAAGGAAACCGUAGCUCUGGCUCUGUUCGUAGCGAAACGUGUUAUGGAUGUGGGCUGGGUGGGUGGCCUUGAAAGGCCAUGAAUUAAAGCUUUUGCUCGUCAUUGCUCUGGGGGACAAUGGAAGUGCCUGUGUUCUACCUCGUGACCCCUCCUGCUUCUACUCUUAUUCCACCCAUUGCAAUUUGCCUGUGUAUAUUUCUCCUCUCCCCUCCCUAACCCUGAGCUCCUACAGGCGGCAUUGUGUUUUUCCAUCUUGGUAGCUCCCACCGUGCCUGCCUCUGAGAACCUGUUUGCUAAGUGAUACCCAAAACAUUAGGCACCAACUGGAUUUUACUGGCCCUAUCCCAAGAGCAACUUCCAGAUGCAUUUGUUUUUGUUAAGUCCAGAACCUAUUUUACAUCUUCAUAUUAAUCCCCAUUGGUUUUUUUUUUUUCUUUUUUACAGCUUCAGGCAGCCUCCAUGCUUGUCUGGAUGACGUCAGGAGAUCUUGAGGUGGAAAUGCAAGGUGAAUGACACACCUGCCCUAGACACCUGUCACCAUCUCAUUUCCCAUUUUUGGAUCAGGCAGUACCUAGCUCAACUGGGAAAAACAAGACAAGGGUCUAUGUGUGCUCUCAGGAAAGGUUAAAAGCCCAGUGCCAAUGCAAGGGAGUUUUACAAGCAAGUCUCUUUAUUAAUGAGGCCAGAAAACCAAAAUGACAAUGAUCUUUGAUGAUCUGUACUGAUAUGCAGGGGACAUGAGUUAAUUAGAAACACACAUUUACUGGCACCUGCUUUGUGCCCAGUCCCUGCUCCUCAAAAUGAUAUUUAUAUUUCAGAGUUUAGCUGGCUUCGAGUUUGCUGCUGUGAAAAGAAAUAUCCCAAGUGUGACUGGGAAGAGAAGACCCGGGACAGGCCAGAAGCUGGAGUGAGGAAGAAGGAACCACAGAAUAUUAAAAAAUCAUCUGUAAUGAGUAACUUUCAAGUCCUAUCCAGUCCGUGUCCUGGCAAAGUCUCUCAGAGUCUCUCUCCUGCUUUCUAUUCAUCAGGAUGACUGAACUCAGUCAUAGUAAGAAAGGGAGUAUAGUGGGCCGGGGAAAAAAACCCGUAGUAUCCCAUCCGCGAUUGACUUAUUCACUAACUGAAUACUUACUGAAUACCUAUGAUAUGCCAGAAGCAGUUCCAGGCACUGGAAAUACAUCAGUAAAUAAAACAGCCACUUGCCCUAGUAAAUCUG